AUGGCCCUCAGACCUCUACAGGCAAGAGUCCUGUUCUCACAGGGGCUAUUCGUACCGAGGUGCAUUCCUCGCCCUCCACCGUCGGCCCUCAAGCUUUCCUCAAGAAGCCUCCACUUUUCGCCCACCCCGUUCGCCAUCUUUGGAUCCAAGAAGAGCAACGAGCCCUCACCGGUCUCCCCCGAGGUCAUUGCGAAUGAGGCCGAUCAUCCUAUCUCCGCAUUCCAAUCUCAGAUCGCCGAGCUUGAGAUCGCCGCUCAAUCCAACAAGGAGAAUGCCGAUGCUCAGUUGGCUCUGGUGCGCGCCCUGCUAGAGGGUGGAGAGUACGUUGGACUUGCGUCAUAUUACGAUGCGGUGGCGCUGGCAGAAGAUGGAUCUGCUAGCCAUGCUCUUCUUAGGAGCGAGGAGGCGUGGGGAAUAUACAUGGAGGCGCUGGCUCGAUCGAGCCGUAUGGCGGAGGUGGUUUCGAAGGUUCGACGAAGAGAUCGUUUACUAGCCUCUAUCGGCGCCAAAUCUGCCCCGACAUCUACCUUUUCUCCUUCUCCAGUCUCGCCUCUUUCUUCAUCGACGUCACCUGCUACGGCUUCACCACCUUCGACAUCUCAACCGUCCCCUUCGUCUGUCCAGUCAACGGCCUCUUCCUUGACUUCUUCACUCCUCGGACACUCGCCAACCAGUUCAAAUACCUCUUCGCCUUCCUCAUCUGGUACAGGUACACCUCUCAAUCCCAUAUACGUUCAGAUGGCGCCGCCUACACCACAGAUGAACGCCUGGCGUGCUUUGCGGUGGGUUGGUGGCUUCCUUCUUUGGGGAUUUAUUAUCCUCACUGUAAUGUCUAUGGUAAUGGAGAACACUGGUUUAUUGAAGGCUGGGCCCGGCCCGGUAGAGUUUGAACCUGAAGAGGGCAAAAUCGUCAAGUUUAGCGAUGUCCACGGCGUCGAGGAAGCCAAGAUCGAACUCUCCGAGAUCGUCGACUUUCUUCGGGACCCCGAACGUUACAACAAACUCGGUGGCCGACUUUCAAAGGGCGUACUUCUUACAGGACCUCCCGGAACAGGUAAAACCAUGUUGGCUCGUGCUGUCGCUGGUGAAGCCGAAGUUCCUUUCUUGUUUGCUUCUGGUUCAAGCUUUGACGAGAUGUUUGUCGGUGUCGGAGCAAAGCGAGUGCGAGAGCUGUUUGCCGCUGCUAGGAAAAAGUCCCCAGCCAUCAUUUUUAUUGAUGAACUGGAUGCCAUCGGAUCCAAACGAAGUGCCAAGGACCAACACUACAUGAAGCAAACCCUCAACCAGCUUUUGGUUGAGCUUGAUGGUUUCGAACAGUCUGAGAACGUUGUCGUUAUCGCCGCAACUAAUUUCCCCGAGUCUCUCGACAAGGCCUUGACUCGUCCCGGACGAUUUGACAGACAUGUCGUCGUUGGUCUCCCCGAUGUUCGUGGACGUAUCGAAAUCCUCAAGCAUCACAUGACUGGUGUCCAGUCUGACGUGGACGUCGACCCUAGCGUCAUUGCUCGAGGCUGUCCGGGUAUGAGCGGGGCAGACUUGCAAAAUUUGGUUAACCAAGCGGCCGUGAAGGCCUCUCGUGAUGGUGCCACCAAGGUCCAAUUGUCUCACUUCGAGUGGGCCAAGGACCGAAUUCUCAUGGGGGCCGAGAGGAAAUCACACUACGUCACUGAGGCUUCCAAGAGAGCGACCGCUUACCACGAAGGUGGGCAUGCCCUCGUUGCGUUGCAUACACCCGGCGCCAUGCCGCUUCACAAAGUUACGAUCAUGCCUCGAGGCCAGGCUCUUGGUAUUACCUUCCAGUUGCCGGAACAGGACAAAGACUCGUACUCACGACGCGAAUAUAACGCGAUGAUUGAUGUCGCUUUGGGCGGUCGUGCGGCAGAGGACAUGAUCUUUGGGCACGAUGAUGUCACGUCAGGAUGUUCGAGUGAUCUUCAGCGUGCCACAGACGUUGCUGCCAGGAUGAUCAGAAGUUACGGAUUCAGCGACAAGAUCGGGUUGGUGGCACAUGGCGAUGAGGAAUCUGUCUACUUGUCGGGCAAGAAGAAGGAUGAGAUUGAAAGCGAGAUCAGAAGCUUCCUUGAUGAAAGUAUGAACCGAGCCGCCGAUUUGCUCAAGACGCACGAAGGCGAACUUCACAAGCUGGCCGAGGCUCUCGUAGAGUAUGAGACAUUGUCUCUCGAUGAAGUCAAACAAAUUCUCGCAGGCAGACGGUUAGACAGACCGACGAGCGAGGGUGCAAGCCUGGUAGGGGAGGCAGAGAGGGAGGGUAAAGGCGCAGUUGUAGAAGGCAUUUGA